CCCAUAUUAAUUUUAUGAACAUUGUCAAUUUAUAGUGAAAAUAUUCUGUUAAACCAGCUUGAUUUAACCUUCUAUUUUUCACACUGGAAAAGCCAUUUGGGCAGUGAAUUAUGUCGAAGGAAAAAGACACAGAACGACAAUACAAGCUGGUCGUUGUCGGAGGCGGUGGUGUCGGUAAAUCAGCGCUCACUAUACAGUUUAUUCAAUCACAUUUUGUGUCCGAUUAUGACCCGACGAUCGAAGACAGCUACCGAAAACAAUGUGUAAUCGACGAGAGAGUUGCACAUUUAGAUAUUCUCGACACAGCUGGUCAAGAGGAGUUCAGUGCUAUGAGGGAGCAAUACAUGAGAAGUGGUGAGGGAUUUUUACUGGUAUUUUCACUUACAGAUAGAGCAAGCUUUGACGAAAUCAACAAAUUUUACAAUCAGAUUUUAAGAGUUAAAGACAGAAGCGAGUUUCCUAUGAUAAUUGUGGGCAACAAAUCCGAUUUAGAACGUGAGAGAGUGGUCUCCGCACAAGAGGGAAAUGAACUUGGGAGGCAAUUAAAGAUCCCAUAUAUCGAAGCAAGUGCUAAAACGAGAACAAAUGUUGACGCCGCUUUUCACGACCUUGUCCGAGCUAUUAGGAAAUUCUAUGCUGCUCACGAGACGACUCCCAAAAAACCGAAGAAGAAGAAAUGCAUAAUCCUAUAAACAUCGAACAACAAAACUUAACAACACGUAGUUACAAAAGAUACUUUGUACAGGGUGAAAAAACUGUCCAGAAACUGUCAGAAAACAACGUUGACCGUUAGUUUAAAAACAUUGACAGUUAGGACACCUCUUUGACUUUGUUUUAUUCAUUUUUCGUUCAAGUCUAAGCAGUAUAUAUAGCGAAAAUAGAAGAAAUGUUUCUUAUAGUUACAGUUUUCCCAAAUAUUCCCAAGAGCGCAUUGUUUGAAAAAACAUUGCCAUAUCAUUUGUGUUGAGUUUUUGAUAGAAAAAUAAACUUUAGUAGUGAUAAGUCAUAAAGCAUUUUGUUAUUGUGAUUCGAAGCGUUUAAAAUAUGUUCAAGUAUUUUUUUUUGAAUCACCCUAACAAAGGCUAGUCUACUAGAUCAUGUGCACACCAUGUGACAUUUACGAUACUGAAAUAUUUCUUUAUGAUUUAUCACUUAUUGUUCUGACGCGUAUUCACUAUUCCAUAGGCAUACACUAUACUAGGAAAAUAUCUCCUUUGGCUUUGUUUGAAUGUAGCUUCAUUUCUCACCUAAGUCAACGUCAUUUUUAUCUGAUUUUUUGUGAAUUGUUAAGUUGAACUUAUUCAAAUGAAAUGGCUAAUCUUCUUUUUAAACAAUAUAUUCCCGCGUAGCUAAAUUAUCCGUACUAGAGAUAGGCUAGUUAUUAUGUUGGCGUAAUUCGUGUGAUUACGUGCUAUUUUUGUAUUCUCUGGCAUUGCAUGUACGACUUGAUAUUGUUAAAUUAUAUGAAUUAUUGUUUCAUUUUGAA